GUAACGAGCACAAAGUGUCUGUUGUGUUGUUGUGUUGUUGUGGGCUUUUAGUUUAACUUCAUCACAACUUACACAACAAUAAUUGUGUUGACAAACUACUAUAAGCUCUUUAUCAGCUGUUAAUUCUGUCAUUUAGUUUACUCCGUUUACUCAGUUACAGUCCGCCAUUAUGGAUCAGGUCAAAGAAAUAAAGAACCCAUGGGGUGCUGUAAAUGUGGCAGCGACCACAUGUUCCCUGACAGAUGUGAUGAGUGAACAACUGGCCAAGCAGCUACAUGAUGAAUGUGACUCUUUCCUCACCGGCUCUGAUGACGUGGACCUGGCCGGGUUACCGGCGGAUACAGAUACGUCCAGUGACCUGAUGUUGGCUCAGAUGCUUCAGAUGGAGUUUGAUAAGGAGUUUGACACACAACUGCGCAGAGAAGAAAAGAAAUUCAACGGAGAGAGCAAAGUGUCGGUUUCCUUUGAAAACUACCGCAUGGUUCACCCAUUUGAGGAUAGUGACAGCUCUGAUGAUGGGGUUGAUUGGCAGGACACACGUCAUGACCCUUAUCGCCUGGAAAAGCCGACCACUACACCAAAGAAGGGUUUUACAGGGAAAGGCAAGAACAUUACCACGAAACAUGACGAGGAGGUCUGUGGACGGAAAAACACUGCGCGUAUGGAUAACUUUGCUCCAGAGGUUCAUGUUGGUGAUGGGAUCAGCAUGGACCUGAAGUUGUCUAAUCAUGUGUACAAUGCUCUGAAAAGACAUUGUCAAGCUGAGCAGAAACGCAGUGCCCGACUUCAUGAGAAAAAGGAGCACUCGACUGCUGAGCAAGCAGUGGACUCCAAGACCAGAUUGCUCAUGUACAAAAUGGUGAAUGCAGGAAUCCUGGAGAACAUUAAUGGAUGCAUCAGCACAGGAAAAGAGUCUGUGGUGUUUCACGCGGCUGGAGGGAGCUUUGAGGAGAUGCUCAUUCCAGAGGAGUGCGUCCUCAAGGUCUUCAAGACCACACUGAAUGAGUUCAAGAACCGAGACAAAUACAUAAAAGAUGAUUAUCGCUUUAAAGACCGCUUCAGUAAACUGAAUCCUCGUAAGAUCAUCCAUCUGUGGGCUGAGAAGGAAAUGCACAACCUGGCCAGGAUGAAGAAAGCUGCGAUUCCCUGCCCAGAUGUAGUGAUGCUAAAGAAACAUAUUCUCGUGAUGUCUUUUAUCGGUAAGAACCAGGUUCCAGCUCCUAAGAUAAAAGAUGCCAUGCUGACUUCUGAGGACCUAAAGAAGGCAUAUUACCAAGUACUGGAGAUGAUGCAGCAGCUAUAUCAGAAGUGUAACCUUGUUCAUGCUGACCUGAGUGAAUAUAACCUGCUCUGGCAUGACGGGCAGGUGUGGGUAAUUGAUGUGAGUCAGUCUGUUGAACCUGCUCAUCCUCAUAGUCUGGAGUUUCUGUUCCGGGACUGCAGGAACGUAUCCACAUUUUUUCAGAAAGCUGGAGUAGCAGAAGCUAUGAAUGUGUAUGAUCUGUUUAACACCGUGUCAGGACUGAACAUCAGCAGUGACGACGAGGCCGAUUUCAUAGCCCAGAUUCAGGAACUGGAGAAGAUGAAUGAGGACCAUGUCCAAAAGCGAAGCAAGAAAGCCUGUACCAAUACUUAUGAGAAUGGUCCACCCCUUUUAAAUGAGGAUGAUUAACAAUAUGAUGAUUAGAGGUGUGAAAUGGGAGGAUGUUUGAGUGCAUUACGCAGCAUGUCGUGCUGUCUUGGGCAACUGAAACACGCUUCAUUGCUCACCGUCUUUUGAUGAAUGGCUUAAAAUUACAUGUAAAUGGUGUAUGAACACAUCAGCUGUAGUAGAACAUGGCAGCAACGGACCUGGUUGUCGAUCAGUGUUGCAAAAUGGGCUAACGAUGGGGCAGAAUGACAUUCGUAUAACUAAAUGGGGUAAAUGUGGCAUGGUGCCAUAUUACUCUCUUCACAUUAAACACUAGUUAGCAGGGAUCGAAUGCUUAUUUAAAGCUUUUGGUCUGUGCUAAACAUGCUUGAGGUGUUGAUGUAUUCUGAUUGUGGAGUUCUGAUGGCUUCAUGUGAUGUUUUAAAACUCAUGAAGAAAAUAAAAGUUGAAUUAAAGAUGA